AUGGCAUUCUAUUGUCUCCCUAUCAUCGUAAAUUCGUUCCAAACGGCCCCGACUUUCAAGAACAAAAGGAAAAGUGUUGGUUCAGAGCUUUAUCCCCAGGGAAGGCUGACAUACUUGGUCGUGCAUGCGAGGGUAAGGGGGAAUCUUCAGGGUCUCAUCCUUAACAUGAAAAUACUUGAGAAAGAGAGACUGCAGUACAUGGCUGUCUGAAUUCAAAAUAGAUGCACUUAGUCAGAUGGGUAACCUAAUACUACUGUAACUCAAUGAGUCACCUCUGGUAACGAUUUAUCUUUUUGGUUAUUGUUUUUGAUAGCUGUAUAUUUGAUUGCCAAAAACAGAGGAAAACUAUAUAAAUGGUUUUUUAUUUGAUUAAUACACGUGUA